AUGGGGUCGGACAACAAUUAUACGGCUAAAGUAAUGAGUGGCGAUUUUGGUUACACGCUGGAAGAUGUGCCUCACUUGUCUGACUACAUUCCUCAUCUCCCUACUUAUCCCAAUCCUUUGCAAGACAAUCCUGCAUACUCAGCUGUUUAUUUCGAGUCUGAUGACGUGCACGCGUGUAUAGUCACAUGCGGAGGAUUAUGCCCCGGUCUCAACACAGUUAUCCGGGAGAUUGUAUGCGGUUUGAAUCACAUGUAUGGCGUGAAGAGAGUUGUGGGGAUAAACGGUGGGUAUGGAGGGUUUUACUCAAGGAACACAAUAGCUCUAACACCAACCACAGUUAACGAUAUCCACAAACGAGGUGGGACCAUCCUAGGGACAUCACGAGGUGGCCACGACACUAAAAAAAUUGUCGAUAGCAUUCAAGACCGAAAGAUCAAUCAGGUAUACAUAAUAGGCGGAGAUGGAACUCAGAAAGGAGCUGCAGUAAUUUUUGAGGAAAUCAGAAGACGAGGCCUCAAGGUUGCGGUUGCUGGAAUUCCGAAAACAAUAGAUAACGACAUUCCGGUGAUCGACAAGUCCUUUGGUUUUGACUCUGCUGUUGAAGAGGCCGAGCGUGCAAUUAAUGCUGCUCAUGUUGAAGCUACAAGUGUCGAUAAUGGAAUCGGUGUUGUGAAGCUAAUGGGCAAAUACAGUGGAUUUAUUGCUAUGUACGCUACCCUUGCGAGCCGUGAUGUAGAUUGCUGCCUUAUACCCGAGUCUCCUUUCCAUUUGGUGGGGCUUUUCGAGUACAUAGAGAAACGACUUAAAGAGAAUGGGCAUAUGGUUAUUGUCAUAGCCGAGGGUGCGGGACAUGACUUACUUUCCGAGAGCUUACGAUCCGAAAAUCAACAGCAAGAUGUCGGUCUUUGGAUCUCUCAAAAGAUUAAGGAUCAUUUUUCCAAGCCAAGGAAGAUGAAUAUUAAUCUCAAGUACAUAGAUCCAACUUACAUGAUUCGGGCCAUACCGAGCAAUGCAUCAGACAACGUUUAUUGCACGCUUCUCGCCCAAAGUGCGGUUCACGGAGCCAUGGCGGGAUAUACGGGCUUCACGGUGGGGCCCGUUAACGGAAGGCAUGCUUAUAUACCUUUCCAUAAAAUUAACGAGAAACAGAAGAAGGUGGUGAUCACGGACAGAAUGUGGGCACGGCUACUAUCUUCGACCAACCAGCCGAGCUUCUUGUGA